AUGGCUGUAGCUCCAUCACAACUUGUUUCAUCAAUUACUGAAAAACUCAUUGUCAAGCCAUCUUUUCCCACCCCUUCUCCACUUAAAUACCACAAGCUCUCGUUCAUCGACCAAUCGCUAAGUCACUUGUACAUUCCUCUAGUUUUUUUCUACUCUAAGCAACAACAAGAGGUGAAUAACAACAUUGCAAGUAUCCAUGAUCUUGAUCAAGUAGCUAACAAGCUACAAAACUCAUUAGCAACAACUUUAUCAGCUUACUAUCCCUAUGCUGGAAGCAUGAGAGACAGUGCCACGAUUGAAUGCAAUAAUGGGGGAAUCGAGUUUAUGAACGUUCAAAUAAAGUGUCCCAUGUCUGAAAUGCUGAACAACCCUCAUGACUAUGCAGAAGGCAAUAUAUUCAUGAAAGACUUACCUUGGAAGAAUUCGUUCAAUGGAAGCCUACUCGUGGCUCAGUUAAGCCGAUUUGAUUGUGGAGGAAUAGCAAUCAGCGCGUGUCUGUCGCACAAAGUUGGUGAUGGUGCCUCUGUGGCAAGUUUUUUCUAUGAUUGGGCUAAAGUAACUCGAUAUCCAAAUCAAAUCCCUCGUCCCCAGUUCAUUGGUGAUACAUUUUUCCCAACCCCAAAUGGACCUUUGAUUGCACCAUUGAUUGAUUCCAAGCUGGAAAAAUGUGUUCACAAAAAGUUCCAUUUCUCUGCCUCCAAAUUACAGGACCUUAGAGCGAAAAUAGCAGCUGAAGCAGGCGUCAAAAAUCCAACACGCGCAGAAGUUGUGAGUGCACUUCUAUUCAAAUCUGCUGCAAAGGCUGCAUCAAAAAUCAAUAACACUUCGUUCAGGCCAUCUAAAUUGGAGAAUUAUGUUGAUAUACGCCCAAUGACAACUCCCCCUUUAUCGCGAAAUUUUAUAGGAAAUCUCCUCACCGUGACUUCCACAUCAGCAAGUCACGAUGAGGAGAUGGAGCUGCCAAGAUUGGUUCGCGAAUUCAGGAAGGAAUUCGAGCUGCUUUUCAAGAAAGAUCCUGUUCAGCAUAAUUUAUUGGUGUUGAAACUACUUGAAACAAUGGAAUCACCAUACGCGAUGGAUGAAUUCGACACUUACUACUGCAGCAACAUGUGCAAGUUUUCUGGUUAUAGCAUAGAUUUUGGAUGGGGGAAACCAGAAAGAGUGUGUGCACCAAUGGGUCCAUUCAAGAAUUUCUUUAUAUUGAGUGCUGAUCAAAGUAUGGAUGGUGUUGAAGCUAUGGUAACUUUAGAAGAACAACACAUGUUGGCAUUUGAAUGUGAUGAAGAGCUAUUGGAGAUUGCUUCUCCAAUUUCAAGUUUCUAA